AGCUAUUUAUUUCCCUUCUCGGACGGAUGCGUUAACGCGCGAUCGUCGAGAACGAAAUGCGCACGAAUGUAUCGGCAAGAGAGUCACGCGCUCGAGCGCGCUCCUCUGCCAUCGAUCCACUUAAUCGAAUAAGCUCGAAACGGCACGGCGAAAAAGAGAAAAAGAGGAGACGCAUCUCGUGCGACUUUAACUUUAUUAGGUGUUUCAAAAAGUAUACAACUCUAAGUAUAAUUAGAAACAAAAUGAUAAUAAAAAUAAUAAUAAUAAUGUCCUAUAAAUCGUGAAAUCGGCUUAUGCCUUUAAAAAUGUAUGUUGGGGAGAAAUGUGUGUGGGGCGGGGGAAGCGAAGAGGCGGUACAAAAGAGGAGAGAAAGGAAAGAGCCGGGGCACCUUGCGUCGUUAAUCGCGUCCCUGAGGUAGCUUCCCCCACUAAGCGUCCAUGUACCCCCACUACGCGUAUCCUCACCCCUCCCUUCCAUAUAGUCUACUGAGUCGCGCUCGGCUCAGUCAGUCGCGCGACGCCGUCGGUGACGGUUGUGUUUUCUUGGUAGUUAGCGUGCUCCGCUGACUAAUCUGCACGCGCGCGCGUGUGUGUGAGUGUCACCGAGGCACGCCUGUAGCAGCUGCGUGCGUGCGUGUGUUCUUCUCUGCCUGCCUAUAUAGAACGUAUAUAUAUAUAUCUACACAUCAUAUACAUACGUACGUGAGUCGUCUACCAACAGCGACAAAAAGCAACGACACAUUUCAACGGAGCAGCCUGCAUAUAUACACACGCGUAUAUCGUUCGCUUCCAUCCAUCCAAGUAUCCAUCCAUCCACCUACACUAUUACUACUACUACUACUACUACUACUACUGCUGCUACACCGCUAUUACUACUACCACCACCAUCACACUACUACUACUACUACUACUACCACUACACUAGGAAACGCGCGCACAUCACAGCGAUCGUGUAUAUAUCAUCGUCGCUUUCGUCGUCACAUCGUGCCUUCCGCUCUUGGCUGUUCGCACAAAAGAACGAACGACGACAUCCAGUCAUGACGGCGACGCGGGAGUGUUACCCCAUACGUCGCUCGAAUAUCCCGCCAGGUUCCUCUUGGAGGAGUCGACCAAUCAACAGCGUACCGGAUACGAACGGUCCUGGAUAGAGAGCGAGAAAAGCAAGCAAGCAAGCAAGCAAGCAAGCAAGCAAGCAAGCGAGCGAGCGAGCGAGCGAGCGAGCGAGCAAGCUAGCAAGCAAGCAAAGCGAAGCGAAGCAAAGCAAGCAAGAACGAAAGAACGAAAGAAAGAAAGAAAGAAAAGAAAAGAAAAGAAAAGAAAGAAAGAAAGAGUGGGUGGGAGUUAGCGAGGUUAUCCUCGUCGAGUUCGAGCUUUGCAAAGGGGCAAGAAGCAAGCAAUAGGAGGAAAAGGAGGCGCGAAGAAGCAGGAAGGUGGUAGAGGUCGUGUUCGAGGCUUUGGAGGUGUCAGAGGAAGAGGAAGAGGAGGAGAAAGAGGAGAAAGAUAAAGAAAAGAGACGGAAUGAACGGCCCUGGGAGCCAUCAGCAUCGUGGCUUGGGUAUCGCGGGACGUUACAGGGCCGUGGUUGGCAGUGGAGCCUCAUCGGGGCCACACACGAGGCCUACGGCACCCCCACACCCUCGUGGGGGGUGGCAUCCCCACAACCAACAUUCUCAGCAUACUCAACUUGGUCAGCAAUAUGCCGGAAACAAGGAAUAUCCGUAUCGACAGUGCCCGUCGCUACCGCGCUAUCAUAAUGGGGAUUGUCCAGGAGUUGGCACAUCGGCGGGUCCGGCCGGUAAGGAAGUUUCCUAUCACGCUGGCGUAGGUGGAAGCAGCGUUGGAUAUAAACCGCCUCCGCAGCACAGUCCACAGUCGAGAGGCCCGCCACCUCAUUUCCCUCAGGAACCCGUCGGGCCAACGACCAAUUCUUCGCCGCUUCACAUCAGUAUUUGCGGACAAGAGAAUAUAAUGCGUGGUCCUCUUCCAAAUAUGAGUCCUGGGCUUGCAGCCAGCGAUGUGGAUAUGGAAUACCGCAGAAACUCACAAGCCACAAACCAGUUACCACUGAGUCCUGUACAGAUCCAAGCCUCGCCUGCUUAUUAUAGGCAACCUAGUCAGGAUGAUGGUAGAAAGAGUGAAUCUCCGUCUAGAAAACGUCGUCGGAUAUCUAGAAAUGGUACGGUUUCCGGUAUCGAAGUAAGAGAAACUACACCACCCGCACCAACGCCACCUCUACACACGACCCCACCAACCUGGGAAUUUUCAUCGGCCUCGCAACGUCGAUCUCCACGUAACCACAUGUCUACUCGUGGUAGUCCUACAAUGAGAAAUCGUUAUCAACGAUACACGGAUUCCUUUGGUCUUUCCUAUCCCUUUAUCCCUGGCCAUAAUCCCCAUCCCACGAUCCAUAACUCUCAUCAUGGAAUUCAUGGUUCCCAUCACAAUAUCCAUAAUUCCCAUCACAAUCUACACAGUUCGCAUCACAAUAUUCACAAUGCGCAUCAAACGCAUCCUCGACAUCCACCUGGCACAGGACAUCAUCCCGCGCAAGGCGCUAACGGACCAGUAGUCGUUGAUGUGGGUCAAGUCGGUGUGUCGGGUCUUGGUGUCGCUGUUAGCGGAGAACCAUUGUGGCAUCCACAAGCGACGAGCUAUAGAAUUCCUUGUCAGCUGCACGGAAUUUAUACGCCAACUGGAGCGCAUCCAUUCGCACAUUCGUGUCAAGUAACGCAUCAUCAUAAUCAUUAUCCUGCGACUCACGCGACUCAUCCUGGUCAUAGUUUGGUAGGAUCCAUAGUUGGUGCAGCCUCUAGAGGGUAUCCAACACCUGCAGGUGGUCCGGUUGCUGCGCUUCAUCAUGCACACGCACCACCUCCACCCGUCCAUACUACUCAUUAUACAGCCCACCACCAACUCUCUCAGCAGAGAGAGGUAGAAUUGGAAUUGAUAGAGUCGCACCAUCAUCACAGAGUUGGAGCUACUGCCGGUGCACCGUUACCAUUGCCACAUUCGUAUUCUCCUCCAGCUCUUACUCAAGUUACAACACCGCCUCCGAUUUUCUUAUCCGAGACGCGAAAUAGCCAGUUAGAAAUGAUUCAGACGAGAACUCGUAGAGCGGCUUCGAACGUUCAUACUCUCAGGCGACCAAGAUCGAGUAGAUGGAGAGGCACGCCUCCGUUACCACCUACGACAUAUCCAGGAUUCUUGCUACAUUUCUUAGCGAUGUUCAGCAAUCCACCUUUAUCUCCAUACAGCCAUGCAGACUUGUCCUCGCCCGAUUCGGCAACAGAGAAUUACGAGGCGCUUCUAUCCUUGGCGGAAAGACUCGGAGAAGCUAAGCCACGUGGUUUAACGCGUGCGGAGGUUGAACAAUUACCCUCCUACAAAUUCAAUGCGGAGACGCAUCAAAGUGAUCAAACGAAUUGCGUUGUCUGCAUGUGCGAUUUCGAAGCUCUACAAUCGCUUCGCGUUUUGCCGUGCUCGCACGAAUUUCAUUCUAAAUGUAUUGACAAGUGGCUUAAAUCAAACAGAACGUGCCCGAUAUGUCGCGGCGACGCUGGAGAAUAUUUUGGUAAUAGUGGCGCAAGUAGCGACUGACGCCGAGCCGCUCAAGUGCACUAGCGCCGAUCUUCGCCAUCGUCGGGGACGCUACUUCGCACAGAGCCUCCGGCCGUCAUGUUGUUGGUUUGUGCAAAUUUAUGUCCAUAAGCAUUUUUGCUUCUUCUCCGACGAAAGUGAAGUAUCAGAUUGUAUUCAAACUCCUGGAAAUCCUUAGUGUCGUUUCGGGAAAGGUAAAACCCCUGUUUCGAAAAAGAGAAAAACAAAACGGAGAAAAGCGAAUGCAACAAAAGAAAUGAAUUCAUUUGAGAAUGUUGGACUCUUGUAAUAGAAGGGUACACAUCAUCAUUUUUGCUUGUUUUCAGGCGUUGUAAGUUAACAAGUUAAAGAGCGUAAUUUGAUACUUGUUGAAACCUUAAGACGAAAAAAAAAAGGUUUUGCGAGAAAGUUAUAAAACUAUGCAGUUUUCAUUGGCAGAUAAAUAAAUCUGUCCUUCGUUUAUUUUAUUCGGAUUCGCUUCGAUUAUGGUUUAACGCUCGUUUGUUAGUUGUGUUGCGCUAUUUUGUAUUAAUAUAUGUUUAUGUACAUAAUAUUUGUAUACAGACAAAUCAGCACUUUCCAUUAACGUUCCAUUUUUGUAAUAGCUUAAAUUCUGAUCCUAUUCUAUAAUUGUAAAUAAUUACAUAAACGUUCGUAUACAUGUGUGCGUGCGUAUAAAAACCAAGUCUAGGUCUUUGUUUGAAAACUUACCAAAUGUAGGAUAAAUUCUUUUGCAAUAAAAGGUAAGAGAGACAUUUUUAUUAGGCAAAGGAGAAACCGUAACUUCCUAUUGUUAAUGCUUUCUUGUCUUUGUGUAGGCCGGGUGAUUAUUUUUAUUAUAUAAGGAAUGUAUGUAUCUCCACCCACAGCGAUUUGAGUGCUAUAGAUUAAAAAGAAAAAAAAAAAGAACUGUUGAAUUGUCGCACCGAUGUCACGUAAACUAAUUUAUAAAAAAAAAAUUUAGUGACCUCGUAUAUCUGAUUAUAAACUCAUUCCUCUCGCGGUGAUUAACAGGCAUCCCGUUGUUUUCUCUGUGUUGGUUCGAUAAAAUUUCUGUUACACGUUUUAUGAAAUAUAUAUAAAUAUAUACAUAUAUAUGUGUAUAUAUAUAUAAAUAUAUAUAGAUAUAUAAAUGUGUGUAUGAUAUAUAUAUAAAUAUAUGUAUAAGUAUAUAUAUACAUAAGUACAUGUAUAAGUAUAUAUAUAUAUAUAUAUAUAUAUAUAUAUAUAUAUAUAUAUAUAUAUGUAUGUGUAAGUCAGCCUAGCCUCGUAGGUGUACAGGUAGAUGUAAAGGUAUGCAUGUAAAUUAUUCCAACCGCGAGAGAUCAACCAGCAAGAUCAGAGAGAGAGAGAGAAAGAAAGAAAGAAAGAGAGAGAGAGAGAGAGAGAGAGAGAGAGAGAGAGAGAGAGAGAGAGAGAGAGAGAUCCUUCAACAACAGUUAUUCAAAAUUGCAAGAUAAUGAAAAAGAAAUGAGAGUGAAAAGUAUAAGGAUAUCGCUUCUGUUUCCUGCGCAUCUACCUCUGAUAGAAGAUGAAACGAAUUGAUUAAUAUUUUUUUAUACACACUUCUCAUAAAGAAUAAACAUACCUAUGUAAUAAGAAGAAGCAACAAAAGAAAGGUGAAAGAAAAUGUAGAGGAAAAAAUCGAGUUGGCUGUAAUUUUGGCAUGUUCAAUUAAAAUUGAUACUUCGAGAGAUUAUUAUAUCACCUAUUUCAUCAUAAUGGGUUGACGAGUGUUGUAAUAAUGGAGUAUAGCACGGAAAGGAAAUGAGGGAAAUUUAUGUAUCGUAAGAACAAUGGUGCAUUUUAUAAAAAAAAAAAAAAAGUUUUCGAAAUGAGGAUAGAACGUUGCCAUUAAAGAAAAUACACGCUUUUAGUUUUGUAUGUGUAUGUGUAUGUAUGUAUGUAUGUAUGUAUAUAUGUAUAUAUAUAUAUAUAUAUAUAUAUAUAUAUAUAUAUAUAUAUAUAUCAAACGCUUUUUCUAUUUAUAUGUUUCGAUACAAAGGUGGAUGAAGAAUUUCCAACAUUUGUAGCACGUUUAUGAUCACGUAUAUAUUAUACUCCUUAAACCUUCGAAUGUAUCGUCGAGUAACAAAAAAUACAGUCGGAUAGGCAUGAUUUUCAAAGGCUGUUUUUUUUUUUUUUUUUGUUUGAAACAACAAGCAUAUGUACAAUGAACUUUAUCAAAUAUGUUUUGUUAUAUUUUGAUUUGUUAUAUGUUGCUUUGUAUUAUUGGAACCAAUCGAAGUAAGACUGCCCGAUAAAAUCGUCUGGAAAUACAUGGUAAACGAAUCAUCAGUGAAGGCUUUUCAAAAUUGCAGGAGAAACAAAUUUUUUUAAUGGAAAGAGAUCAAAGAAAUUUCAUAAAACCUUUUAAAAGUUUCUUCUCCGAAUUGUGUCUAUCAUUUUAAAGAUCGACACAUAUAUUUCUAUGUGGACAUUCUUGAAUUUAUAAAUAUUUCUGCCAUUGCUAUAAUACUGACUCGUUAAGUUAUUAGUUCUCGGUAUAUACCAUUUAAUCUAUGAGCGUGCGUCUUUGAGAAAUGCAAACAAAAAAAAAAAAAAAAGAGAAAAAAAAAUAAUAAGAAACAAAAAAUACGAGAACUAAGAAAACUUUUUUGAGAUAAUCUACAAAGCGAGAUCGUAUCAGUAUAUCUUCUUGAUCUAUCCUUCCACUUCUCAUUGCGUGCCUUUACUAUUAGUGAUCGAGAUACAUACUAUAUCGAGGAAAUUUGAAAUAGAGAAACAGAGAAAAGGAAUAAAAAGAACACAGAGAUAGGCAUGUAGCGUGCGAUAUCAUAAACUGCUCGCACAAAAGCACGCUUGGAAAUAUAUAAAGAGAGAAAAAACGAGAGAGAGAGAGAGAGAGAGAGAGAGAGAAAGAAAGAGAAAGAAAAAAAGCAGAGAAUUAACUCGCGUAAUCAGGAGCAUGUACUUGUUUGUUGUGUGUACGUGCGUGCGUGUAUGUGUGGUGCGUGCGUGUCUAUGUGUGUCAACCUGCGAAGUUGCACGGCAAAUAUCAACUUUAGAUUUAUUUUUUAACAAAAGGCUGACGAAAGAAGAAAAAGAAAAAAAAGAAGAUUACCAUCAUCAUUUGCAAUUUACUUCAUACAUAUAUGCGUUUGUUAGACGUUAACGAUCUCUUGUAAAGCGAUCUAUGUAUGUAGAUGGUGCUGCGUAUUAUUGGGUGCUCCUGUUUCAUAUCUUUUUUUUUUUCUUUCUUUCUUUUAUCUUUAUCUUCUUUUUUUCUUUUUCUUCCAUUUAUUUAUUUAUUUAUUUUUUUUUUUUCGGUUCAUCCUUCUUUUUCGCAGGUCGACACACAAAAGACAAAGAUAACGAUUUACUCCCAUACGCGUGGUAACACUAGCCCGUACAAGAAAAUCAUACGUAAGUAGAGUGUGUGUACUAAUUUAGAAACGCGUCAUAAUUACGGGUCUAACAGCUGACACGUAGCGUGUAGAGCACGGUAAUCCUAUCACAAAAAUAAAAUGCAAUAUCAAAAGGCAGAUAUGUAAGUGGCGAUCAAAAAACAUAAAGAAAGAAAAGAAAGUAAAGAAAAGUCAUAGAGGAGGGAAUGAAAAGAAGAAAAAGAAGAGAGAAAGAGAAAGCGUCGUCGUUAAUCCUUUUUAGACGCAUAAGAACACAUAUCAUUUUCCAUCGCAACUCGCAACUUUCGUUCUUCUCGUCCCAUCGAGAAGGUGAUACAAUUAGUAAAGAGAAAGCACAGAAAGAGAGAGAGAGAGAGAGAGAGAGAGAGAUGAGGGGAGGGAGAAAAAAAAAGAAAUUCGCUCGUGUGUUUCAAAGUUAUAUUUUAAGCGUACGUACAUAUUAAUAAUGGUACAUAGAAACUUUUGAGACGAGGGACGAGUGCUCGACCGUAAAGAUCUACCAGCGUUAAAAUUCUAAUUGAAUUUUAAUUGAAUAUUAAUGAAAAUUAUUAAAAAUUAGAAUUUUACAUUUAUUCAAAACUCUGACUAAUUCUUUUUUGCUUUCUCGUUGGUUCUAUUUUUUUUCUUUCGCUUUUUUCUUUUUCGAAAGAUGUCACUGUUAUAUUAUUAUAUAUACACACACACACACGUAUGUGUGAAUAUACACGUAGUGUAAAUAAUUCUCAGACGUACGUCAUUUCUGCAUUAUUUUUUUUCGGCAACGCGAAAAAGCUUUCAAGCCUGGUGUCAUUAAAACGAAUGAAUUUUUUCGACUGCGACGAUUUCCUACCGUCCGACGCUUUGUCUCUCGAUAUGUUUAGAUUCUAAGAUAUAGUAUUAAUUAUUAUUCUUAUAAUUAUCCAGAUCUGGUUGACUGACUCAACUUUAUGCUUAUUUCUCGCUUUAAGAAAGUAUUACUUCUCCCAUUAUCCGAGGUAAACAUUAAACCGUUCAUAUUGUUUAUAUUACUUGUGUAUAUAUUAAUUUUUACUUAAGUCUGAGUUCUUAUAUCAAAAAGAAAAUAGAAGCAAGUGAAAGAUAAAAAGUGAGAAAAAGGAAUAAGUCAUAUAUUUUUGUUAGUUUAACUAGGUCUGGCGUAUAUUUAAGUAUACUUUACGAUCAGCUUAUCGAUCGUUUCAGUAAAAAAAAAAAAAAAAAAAAAAAAAAACAUUAUCGAUUCCUCGAUCGUUCGUUUCAACGAGAAAUUUAAUAAUAUACGAAUCCGAUAAGUUCAUGAAAAAAAAAAAAUAUGCAAACGAUUUUGUAAAAUCCUCUUAAAUUUUCCUUCUAUUUCUCAUUCCAAUUCUAAUCCUAAACUCGAAUCGUUGGGGAUAUUCGAGGGAUCGACUCGAAAAGAAAUAGCACCAAAAAAAAGAAAAAAAAAACAAAAAAAAAAGAAAAUUGUUCCGAGAUGAUACGCGAGGGAAUUGCUUUUUAAAAAGGGGGAAGAAAGCUUUGACAAAAAGGAGUUUGAUUACACGUACAUACACGCCGAAUAAUUAUGGUUUCUGUGAUGAUUACAUAAAUGUUAUUAGUUCGUGAUUAAAGGGACACGAUAAGAGAAUCUCUGUGCAAAUCAAAAUUCGAAUAAAAAUGGCAAUGAUCAAGAGAUGAUAAAUAUCUUUACGAAGAAACGAGAGAAUUAAAGAAAAGAAAAAGGAAUGAAAGAAAAAGAGAAACGAAACAGAAUGAAAGGAGAGGUCUCGAUGAAAGGAGAAUUCCGAACGAGAAUCAUAUCCAGUGACCUGACGAGAUAGAGGCUUAUUUUUUCUUACUUCCCUCCGAUAUAAAAAAAAAAAAAACAGAAAGAAAAGAAA